AGAUGACAUGUAGCGGACCUCUGCAUCAGCCAAGAGGAAUUAAGCUUUGUCACUCCCCACUGGGACUACCUUUCUCCUGGUAUGUGCGCAAGGAAUUCAUAUGCUGCUGCUGCUGCAGCCACCAGAGCAGAGCCCUGAGUACACUUUGCCACAGAAAGCAGUGAGCAAGAAUGAUAGCUGUCUCUUUUAAAUGCCGUUGUCAAAUUCUGAGGCGACUUACUAAAGAUGAGAGUCCCUACACUAAAUCCGCCAGCCAGACAAAGCCGCCUGAUGGAGCGUUGGCUGUGAGGAGACAGAGCAUCCCAGAAGAAUUCAAGGGCUCCACAGUCGUCGAGUUGAUGAAGAAGGAAGGCACUACCCUGGGUCUGACGGUAUCGGGAGGAAUUGAUAAGGAUGGCAAGCCAAGAGUAUCUAAUCUGCGGCAAGGAGGAAUUGCUGCUAGAAGUGACCAGCUGGAUGUGGGUGACUACAUCAAAGCAGUGAAUGGAAUCAACCUGGCCAAAUUCCGCCAUGACGAGAUCAUCAGCUUGCUGAAGAAUGUGGGAGAAAGAGUGGUUCUUGAAGUAGAGUAUGAGCUUCCACCAGUCUCUGUGCAAGGAUCAAGUGUUAUUUUUCGAACCGUGGAGGUCACAUUACAUAAAGAAGGCAAUACCUUUGGUUUUGUAAUACGAGGGGGAGCACAUGAUGAUAGAAAUAAAUCUCGUCCAGUUGUGAUAACAUGUGUUCGUCCUGGAGGACCUGCUGACAGAGAGGGCACGAUCAAACCUGGUGACAGGUUGCUCAGUGUGGAUGGAAUUCGGCUUCUUGGAACCACGCAUGCUGAAGCCAUGAGUAUUCUUAAACAAUGUGGACAAGAAGCAACGCUGCUGAUAGAAUAUGAUGUCUCAGUAAUGGAUUCUGUGGCAACAGCAUCCGGGCCACUACUAGUCGAAGUUGCCAAAACUCCUGGUGCCAGCCUUGGGGUUGCCCUAACUACCUCGAUGUGCUGUAACAAACAAGUCAUUGUCAUAGACAAAAUCAAAUCUGCAAGUAUUGCAGACAGAUGUGGCGCAUUGCACGUGGGAGAUCACAUCCUCUCCAUCGACGGAACCAGCAUGGAGUACUGUACACUUGCAGAAGCAACCCAGUUCCUGGCCAACACCACUGACCAGGUCAAGCUUGAGAUCCUUCCCCAUCAUCAGACACGGCUGGCCCUAAAGGGGCCCGACCAUGUGAAAAUUCAGAGGAGCGACAGGCAACUUACCUGGGAUUCCUGGGCCAGCAACCACAGCAGCCUUCACACCAACCAUCACUAUAACACGUACCACCCUGACCAUUGCAGAGUACCAGCCCUGACAUUCCCGAAAGCACCUCCUCCAAACAGCCCUCCAGCUUUGGUGUCUUCAUCCUUCUCUCCUACCUCCAUGAGUGCAUACAGCCUGAGUUCCCUGAAUAUGGGGACUCUACCUCGAAGCCUCUACUCCACCAGCCCACGUGGAACCAUGAUGAGGAGGAGACUGAAAAAGAAAGACUUCAAAAGCUCAUUAUCCUUAGCCUCCAGCACAGUGGGAUUGGCUGGGCAGGUUGUUCACACAGAAACCACAGAGGUUGUGCUGACGGCAGAUCCUGUCACAGGAUUUGGGAUCCAACUGCAGGGCAGUGUGUUUGCCACAGAAACUCUCUCUUCUCCACCUCUGAUUUCCUAUAUCGAAGCUGACAGCCCAGCAGAGAGAUGUGGGGUGCUACAGAUUGGAGACAGAGUGAUGGCCAUCAAUGGAAUUCCAACAGAGGACAGCACCUUCGAAGAAGCCAAUCAGCUCCUCCGAGACUCUUCAAUCACGAGCAAGGUCACACUGGAAAUCGAGUUUGAUGUUGCAGAGUCUGUGAUCCCAAGUAGUGGAACAUUUCAUGUAAAGCUCCCUAAGAAGCACAAUGUGGAACUUGGAAUAACCAUAAGUUCACCAUCUAGUAGAAAACCAGGAGACCCCCUCGUCAUUUCAGAUAUCAAGAAAGGAAGUGUGGCACACAGAACUGGGACCCUGGAACUUGGGGAUAAAUUGCUUGCAAUAGAUAAUAUCCGGCUGGACAACUGUUCCAUGGAAGAUGCAGUUCAGAUCCUCCAGCAGUGUGAAGACCUGGUGAAGCUCAAAAUCCGCAAAGAUGAAGAUAAUUCAGAUGAGCAAGAAAGUUCCGGAGCAAUUAUUUACACCGUGGAGCUGAAACGCUAUGGGGGGCCCCUUGGCAUCACAAUUUCAGGAACUGAAGAGCCGUUUGAUCCUAUAAUCAUUUCAAGCCUCACUAAAGGGGGAUUAGCUGAAAGAACUGGUGCAAUCCACAUAGGAGACCGAAUCCUAGCCAUCAAUAGCAGCAGCUUGAAAGGGAAGCCUCUGAGUGAAGCCAUCCAUUUGUUACAGAUGGCAGGAGAAACUGUCACCUUGAAAAUUAAGAAACAGACAGAUGCCCAGUCAGCAUCGAGCCCCAAGAAGUUCCCCAUUUCUAGCCAUUUGAGUGACCUGGGGGAUGUGGAGGAGGACUCCUCACCAGCACAGAAGCCAGGCAAGCUGUCUGACAUGUACCCUUCCACAGUGCCCAGUGUGGACAGUGCUGUGGAUUCAUGGGAUGGGUCUGCAAUAGACACCAGCUAUGGAAAUCAAGGCACUAGUUUUCAGGCCUCAGGAUACAAUUUCAACACCUAUGACUGGAGGAGUCCGAAACAGAGAGGCAGCUUGUCCCCAGUCACUAAGCCUCGAAGCCAGACUUACCCAGAUGUGGGGCUGAGUAAUGAAGACUGGGACCGGUCCACAGUCAGUGGUUUUGCAGUGGCUGCCGAUAGUGCAGAGACAGAACAAGAGGAGAACUUCUGGUCUCAAGCGCUGGAGGAUUUGGAAACCUGCGGACAGUCAGGAAUUCUGAGAGAACUGGAGGAGAAAGCUGACAGGCGUGUGUCUUUGAGAAACAUGACUCUCUUGGCAACAAUCAUGUCGGGGAGCACGAUGAGUUUGAAUCAUGAGGCUCCAACACCUCGCAGUCAGCUGGGGCGACAGGCCAGCUUCCAGGAGCGCAGCAGCUCGCGGCCGCACUACAGCCAAACAACUCGGAGCAACACCCUGCCUUCAGAUGUGGGGAGGAAGUCAGUAACCCUGAGAAAAAUGAAACAAGAAAUAAAGGAGAUCAUGUCUCCAACUCCUGUGGAGCUGCACAAGGUGACCUUGUACAAGGACUCGGACAUGGAGGACUUUGGGUUCAGUGUAGCAGAUGGCUUGCUGGAGAAAGGAGUGUAUGUCAAAAAUAUUCGCCCAGCUGGGCCAGGAGAUCUUGGUGGCUUAAAGCCAUAUGACAGGCUCUUACAGGUGAACCAUGUCCGAACCAGAGACUUUGACUGCUGCCUUGUUGUGCCCCUCAUAGCAGAAUCCGGGAAUAAGCUGGACCUGGUUAUUAGUAGAAACCCACUGGCUUCACAGAAGCCUGUAGAACAACAGAGUCUACCAGGAGAUUGGAGUGAACAGAACAGUGCUUUUUUCCAGCAGCCUAGCCAUGGUGGUAAUUUGGAGACACGAGAACCCACUAAUACGUUAUAGCAACGCUUUUUAUAAAGCAGGACAAAAGACAAUAUCUACAUGGUGCUAAAAAUCCCUUUAAGAUUUCUGUGACAUUUGAAGCACAGAUAAUCACGUGGCAUUAACUGCAAGCACAGGGGUCUUUUAAAUCUCUCUCAUGGCUCAUGUUCACUUCCCUUUUCAAGUUGAAGAGGUUUCUUUUUUGGUGACCACUAUGGUACAUGGUGGGCAAUGCCCUGCCAGGCCCAAUGGUAGAGAAAAAUAGGCCGUCCCCCCAACUCUACAAUUAACAUCAGAGGAAAUUUUUUACAAGUUCAUCUUACUAUCGCUUUUUAAAAAGAGAAACAUCUGUUUGAAAAUAUUCUCUAUGAUGAUUUCCUUAAUUCACUUUGAAAUCAGUUUCUUACUGUGAAGUCAUUAAUGUAAGAACUUGACCAACAAGGCUUUUCUUCUCAUAGGCUGGCUCUACUAGGGGAACUAGUGUUUGGUAAACUGCUGGGACUGCCACAAUGGGAGGGGUACAGGUAUAAAAUUAAGUUAUCUUAAACUGUUUCAGCAAUGAUGCACGUAGGAGACCAUAAUAGGUGGUGGUAAAUGUUUUGCCCAAGUAUAGGAAUGAUUUUAACUAAGAUGUAUGCUAUUCCCUAUGCAACAAAUUAUCAAACAGGAUAUGUCUUGUGACCUGUUUUGUUUUUUUUAAGGACACAUUUUUAAUAGCUGAAAAAUCUCUGAUAAUGAAUUAGAGGGUGUAGUAAACACGAGAAUUAGUUAUAUUAUUUUUAAAAUUCAAGACUAAGAACUUAAGAAUGAAGAGUCUAUUAAAAUGAGGUUCAUCUUAAUGAUAGGCAAACCAAACUCAUACUGCUUGACAUGUUUUGAAAACUGGUAAUAUUGAGGGUGUACAGCACAUGUACUUAAAAAUGACACUGGGCUAUCUUUUGUUCUGAGCCAUGCCACUUACCGAAAUUGUAAAUACAUUUUUCACAAAUGCAUUGCCAAUUAUUACCAUCCCUCAAAGCAAUAAAUUGUGACAGUUGCUUUAAAUGUUUGUCAGCAACUGUUUUCAUUUGUUCAGAUAUUUUGAAUAGCUACGCUAAUAACUGUUAUUUGGUGAAUAUAAAAAACUAUAUCUGUAUAUUGAUGACGGUAGACUCUCCAUAUUGAAAUAAUUAUUUUCCAAACGUUUUCAUUUUGGUCAAUAACUCAAACUACCACUUAGGCAAAGCAUUCGAACACUGUGUCCUUUGUUUAAGGAAAUAAAAAUCACCUUUCUUUUUGUGCAAAAAAAAAAUAUUAUUUCAAUCACAUUUCAGAACCGCCAGGGCAAGAAAGUAUAAAGCAGAAUCAUGUUAAGAAAAAAGAAAAAAAGAUCAUGAGUCACUUAAAUAUGUAUUUUUAUUUGUAACAAACAAGUAUUAAACUGUAAAGUAUUUUUGUACAAAUUUAAUACUUUAAUAGCAUGGUAUUUAUCGUCUAUGUAUGGUUUUGGGGAAUUCAAAAUUGUUCAAAUAUUUGUAUGGAAAAAAAUAAAACCCUCUACCAAAUGGAAUAAACAGUGAUUUUAAAAAGCCAAAUAAAGAGGACAUGCAUUA